UUAUUGCCGAUUCCAGGAACUUCUUGUGUCAAUUCCCGACAAUGAAGCGUAUUUGCUGUUCCGCACUACAUUUCCCACAAACCCUUGCUGUGUGAGCCUGGGCGUGUGAGAGAAAGAUUAAAAUUGGACCAUCUGCAGACUUUGAUUUAGCAUCAAUGGCUGCAGCAGCUCUUUUCCACAGGGCUUUGCUGUAUUAUGAGCUGUUGUAAACCAUCACGUUUCGAUCGAUUCUCAGGAGGAUCUGUGGCAGGUGCCACUAUCACUGUACCCUCACCUGACAUCAGCAACCGGACCAAAAUGGAAGCUAGUUUCGGAUCCACGUUUCCUGCAGUCCCUCAAGUAGCAAAAGCGGAAACCAAUUACAAACAGCAUCGUAGAACCCCUUCAACCUCCAGCACUCUGACCUACUCGCCUCGUGACGACGAUGAUGGCAUGCCGCCCAUCAGUACCCCUCGUCGCUCAGACUCUGCCAUCUCGAUUCGCUCCCUGCACUCCGAGUCCAACAUGUCGUUGCGCUCCACCUUUUCCCUACACGAGGAAGAGGAAGACACAGAGCCGCAGGUGUUUGCAGAGCAGCCCUCAGUUAAGCUCUGUUGCCAGCUGUGCUGCAGCGUGUUCAAGGACCCCGUCAUCACCACCUGCGGACACACAUUCUGCAGGCGAUGUGCCUUGACCUCAGAGAAAUGCCCUGUGGACAAUUCCAAGCUCACAGUGGUAGUGAAUAACAUAGCGGUGGCUGAGCAAAUCGGUGAGCUUUUCAUCCACUGCAAGUACGGCUGCCGGCCAGCUGCUUCAGGCAAGCCCGGUGCCUUUGAGGUUGACCCACUUGGCUGUCCUUUCACCAUCAAGCUCAGCACCAGGAAAGAACAUGAAGUGAGCUGCGACUACAGACCUGUUCGCUGUCCCAACAACCCCAACUGCCCUCCACUGCUCACCAUGAACCUGGAGGCCCAUCUGAAAGAGUGUGAACACAUCAAGUGCCCUCAUUCUAAAUAUGGUUGCACCUUUAUUGGGAAUCAGGAUACAUAUGAGACGCACCUGGAGGUGUGUAAGUUCGAGGGGCUGAAGGAGUUUCUCCAGCAGACGGAUGACAGAUUCCAUGAGAUGCAGGUGACACUGGCACAGAAGGACCAGGACAUCUCAUUCCUGCGCUCCAUGCUGGGCAAACUCUCUGAGAAACUAGACCAGCUGGAGAAGAACUUGGAGCUCAAGUUCGAUGUGCUGGAUGAGAAUCAGAGCAAGCUCAGUGAAGAUCUGAUGGAGUUCCGACGAGAUGCUUCCAUGCUGAAUGAUGAACUGUCCCACAUCAAUGCCAGGCUCAAUAUGGGUAUACUGGGCUCCUACGACCCUCAGCAGAUCUUCAAAUGCAAGGGUACCUUUGUGGGCCACCAGGGUCCGGUAUGGUGUUUGUGUGUGUAUUCUACCGGUGAUCUUCUCUUUAGUGGGUCAUCAGAUAAGUCCAUCAAGGUUUGGGACACAUGCACCACAUACAAGUGCCAGAAGACCCUAGAGGGCCAUGACGGCAUAGUGUUGGCAUUGUGCAUUCAGGGGAACAAGCUCUACAGUGGCUCAGCUGAUUGCACGAUCAUUGUUUGGGAUAUCCAGACCCUGCAGAAAGUGAACACUAUUCGGGCACAUGACAACCCUGUGUGCACUCUGGUGUCCUCUCACAACAUGCUCUUCAGCGGCUCUCUCAAAGCCAUUAAGGUGUGGGAUAUUGUGGGCACAGAGCUGAAGCUAAAGAAGGAACUGACUGGCUUGAAUCACUGGGUUCGAGCUCUGGUUGCUUCUCAGAAUCAUCUGUACAGUGGAUCUUAUCAAACCAUAAAGAUCUGGGACAUCCGUUCUCUGGAGUGCGUGCAUGUGCUCCAGACUUCUGGAGGCAGUGUGUACUCCAUUGCAGUCACCAACCACCAUAUAGUUUGUGGCACCUAUGAGAACCUCAUUCAUGUUUGGGACAUUGAGUCCAAAGAACAGGUGCGGACUCUGACAGGCCACGUGGGCACAGUGUAUGCCCUGGCCGUUAUUUCCACCCCCGAUCAGACCAAAGUGUUCAGUGCCUCCUAUGAUCGCUCUCUCAGGGUGUGGAGCAUGGACAACAUGAUCUGCACCCAAACUCUGCUGCGGCACCAGGGCAGCGUGACGGCACUCGCUGUAUCCAGAGGAAGACUGUUCUCUGGAGCUGUAGACAGCACAGUAAAGGUGUGGACAUGCUAAACAUCAUCUCUGAGCAUUAUUAGUUGUCAGCAUGAAUCAACUCUGUUGUUGACAUGAACUCUGAUGCACAGACUUAUCUAUGAGAACAUUACAACAUACAUCGGACAGGAGAUGUUUUUAUUUUUGACCCUGUGGACUCGGGCAUCUGACCCAUGUGAAUUUUGCAGUAAAAUGUUAGACAGAAGUUAUGUGCUGGAUGGAUGAUGGUGUUUGCUUUCCAUGUACCGGACGCGUCUUGACAGCAAACAGAACCCGGCAGUCUUUAUUAACACCCAGCGGAGCGCAGCCAACAUGACAACGCAGUAUUUUAUAUACACAAAUAAGAUCAUUUCCUAUAAAAGUAUGAUUUAGAUUUGGUAAGACUUCAACUGAACUACAAAUGAAGCUGAAUCCAGUCCAAGUUCAUGUUCCCAGCAGACCACGGAAAUGUUGCUGCGAUGACUGUUGAACUUUUGAUCUUCGUGAGUCACAGUCUCAUGACUAAGUGAGUGCCUAAGCUUCAGUCUGAUGCCAGUGGAGAUGCAUGGAGCGACCAUCAUCCCAGGGCUGAAUGAAGACCUACACUAAACCAACUUGGGCCUGAAACAGCAGAGCAUUGACAACACAGUGCCCAUGUUUUUAUCUAAGAUUUGACAGUGCCAACUGAGAACUGCUCAGAUAUUUUCUAACCGCUUGUUGACUGACGUGAAACCUUUUGUAUGACGGUGUAAUGACCUAAUCAUCCAUCAUGCUUGUGUAAAUAAUGCAAUGUUUCCUUACCAAAGGCUCAACCGCUUCAUGCAUGGUUCCAUGUUUGUCAUGGAAGUCAGAUUUUGCCCAUGCAAAGCUAGUAAGACUUUUACAGUAUGCUGGUUACUAAAUCAUUUUGAACAGCAAGUUCUAAUUAGUUUAAGUGUAAGGCGCACAAUUCACUAUCACGGAGCAUCCCAGCAUUACUUUGAAGGAACACUGAGGGGAACACAAUGUUGCGUUCAACUUGAGGUUGAGUUCCUCUUUUAGCUUAAAGGAACAGUUUACCCAAAAGUAAAAAUUCUGCCUUCAUGCUGUUCCAAACCUACAAGACGUUUACUUUUGUGGAAAAUAAGGGGCCGUUUACACGAUACAGUUUUCAACUAAAAAAGGAAAACUUUUUAUGCGUUUUGGCCUUUCAUUUACACGACAACGGCGUUUUGGAGGCCUGAAAACGCAAACUUUUGAAAACGGUCUGCGUGUAAACAACAAACAUCUUUGAAAACGACGACGUCUUGCACAUGCGCAUUACAUGUUCAGUCUUUAGUGUUUCAUCGCCAUCUAAUGGCUUGCCAGCAGAAUACAGCGUUUUUAGUCAUUUUCGCGGAUUCGUAUGAAUGGGGAUCGUUUUGAAAAUGGUGUCUGUACGCGGAAAACUCAAAGGAAAAACUUAGCCGUUUUAAGCAUAUCGUUGUCGUGUAAACGUACCCUUAAAGAAGGUAUUUUGAGAUUUCUCUUUUUUUGGCUAUACAAUGGAAGUUAAUGGGCACCAAAACUGUUUGGUUAUCAAAAUGUCUUUCGUGUGUAAAUCGAUAGAUAGCGUACUAGAUAAUUCGAUACUAAUCUAAGACAAAAGGCAUAAAAAAACAGCUGCUAUUUUGGAUAUAACAGUGCCUUUUGGUGGCAUGGAGCUACUCAAUUCGGCUCCACACAUUUAGGACAAUUAUGGAAGUAAUGAACAGAUUUCAGCAGUGUGGUUCCCAUAUUUUUCCCCUCAUUAAGCUCGACAGGAUGUGUUUAAAAUGUUCAAAUGCAAACUACAAAAACAGUUUCUUGUAUAAAACACAUAAGACAGAUUUUUAAUGCUUGUAUUGAGUGAGCUUGAGUCUUUUUUAUUCAGUGGCUAUCUUUAACGUGCCGUUGACUCCCUCUAGUGUCCUUAAUACAUAAACAGUUACAUUAAGUGAAUCUGUGAAGGGAUGUAUGGCCCUUUGGUACCAGCUUUUUAGUUUUGUUUUUUUGACAAGUGCUUUGCAUUAUGUAUGUGAACUAAUGAAACACUAUGCUGUUAAGCAAUUUCCAGCUGGCCUUGUUGGUGUUCAGUAAUUGGACAGCUAUGAGAGUGUUUGUAUAUAAUGUUUAUUUAGAGCAGGUGGCUGUUGAUGCAGUCACUGCAAGCACACCACUGUUCCCAAUGCCAGUCACAGCAGGUAUCAUACAAGUCAAUGGCAGAACAUCAACACAAUAUACAGCCUGCACGCACUGAGCAGUGCAGAUUUCUUUUCUUUUUUUUAUAUAUAUAUAUAAUGUCUCUGCAAAUAGGAUGGAAUUUAAAACAGCUUUCAUUAUUAAAUAACAUCUUGCACCAACAAUAA